AUGAAAGUUAAAGAGUUGGAGAAGUUUGCUCAUUCGGCCUGGUCACCUCUUUCAUGCAAUCGUACUUAUUUGGCAACUGUCACCGCAGAAAAUGAUCGCGAGGCAACUGACUCAAAUAUAAAUACUAGCAUGACUUCUCCAACAUUAGAUAUUUAUGAAUUCAAUGUUAAAGAUAAUAAUCUGUCUAUGCAAAUGAAUAUUAGUUUACAAAUUAAACAAAAAGCCACAAGUUUAUUAUGGACAACACCUAUUAAUAAUGAUCAUUUAGACAUUGGUUUACUUAUAAUUGGUUCAAUGUCAGGUAGUUUAUAUUUAUAUGAUAGUCAAAAACUAAUAUCUAUGAGUCAAAAUAGAACAUCUUCACAGAUUACUACUAAUACUAUUCAUAAACCAUAUCAUAUUAAUACCAUCGAUACUAUUAUUGAGAAUAAUGAAAAUGAUAAUUCUAUAAUGUCAUCUUGUCAACAAUUAUCAUCUAUUUAUAUUACUGAAAAUAAUAUGUCAAAUUAUCUGUAUACAUCACGUGAAAAUAUUCAUAAUAAUGUUGUAAGAAGUUUGGAUUUCAAUCGAUUUCAAACAAAUCUUUUUGCUUCAGCAUCAAACGAUGAAGAAAUAUUUAUUUGGGAUGUUGGAAAAAUGGAACAUCCAAUGUCGCCUGGUUCAAAAAUACAACCUUUAGAAAAUGUAAAUCAAGUUGCAUGGAAUCCGCGUGUUCAACACAUAUUAUGCUCAACUAGCAUUGGUCGUUGUGUUAUAUGGGAUUUACGUAAAAGUGGACCAGUUUUACAACUUACUAAAACAAUGUGUCAAUUAGAACCACAAAUGAUGGCAUGGAGUCCGGAUGUUGCAACUCGUUUGUGUAUAGCUGAUCCAAAUAAUCCAAAUGCUAAUGUUCAAUUAUGGGAUCUUCGUUAUCCAAAACAUAUGCUUUGUUUAUUAAGUCAUUGGCCACCAUUAUUAUCAUCUAAUUUGAAAACAACUAACCCAUUAAAUAAUUAUGCAUUAGGGAAUGCAGGUACAGUAAAUUCAUUAUGUUGGGGUAUACCAGAAUGUCAAAAAUCAAUGAAUAAAUCAAAUUUCUAUGAUAAAGAUAUGAUUGUUAUGACAAUUGGUGCUUCUGGUGCAUUACCAACAUUAAACGGUAAUUAUGGUACAAAAUUAAAUCCAACUUAUGCUGAAAUGUUGGUUGUUUGGAGUGUUAAUCAAGCAUUAAACUCUACACCGGAUAAUGUAACAUGUCAAGAAGCUAUACCGGAACCAAUAUUUAUUGGUCGUUUAGAAGGUUUAGAUGAUCAAGAAUUAGUUAAUCCAUUAUUAUGUUUUAAUACAUUACCAACAAAUGCUUCUGUUCAAUGGAUACCAAAUCAUCCUAAUUUAAUAUGUGUUACACAAUCAGAUGGUUGGAUAACAGUAUAUAAUUUAAUAAGUGGUAUCAAUAAACAAAUUGAACAAAUAAACAUUGAACGAUAUAAUAAACAAUGUAUAUUAGCUAGAAAUUCAUUAAAUUUACGUAAUUCACAUAAAGUAGCUGAAGUAUUUCAUAAUGAACAAUUAUUAAUGGAUUAUAAUAAUACUGAUAAUACUGAUAAUAAUAAUAAUAAUAAUGAUAAUCUUCAAUCAGAUUCAUUAUAUCCUGUAUUUAUGAAUGAUCCGAAUGUGAAUAGUAUUGAUAAAGAACAAAUCAAUUCAGGAUCAGAUCAGUUAUUAUUAGAUAAUCCUAAUUCUAUGGAUUCAGUAAAUCUUUCAUUACUUCAACCUAUGCCAUUAUUACGUGUUGCACCAAGUUGGUUGAAGAGACCCUGUGGUGUCCAUUUUGCUUUUGGUGGAAGACUUGUCACUUUUUCAUCUUUAACAAAUCUUCAAUCAAAACGUACUCGUACAAAUAGUUCAAUGAGUAAUUCAAAACGAACUGAUCCAAAUAGCCGAUCAUCAGAUAUAGGAAGUAUUGAACAAAAUUCAACAGUAGGAACAGUACCUGAUCAAAAUCAUUUAAAUUCUACAGAAGUUCAAUCAUAUUAUGUUUUUAUUAAAUGCAUUGAUGCAUUUCAACUGGAACCAUCAUCAUCGCCAACAGUACAACUACAUUCUUCUGUUAAUAGCGAUACUAAUGGAUCAGAUGAUCAGUGGAAGAAUUCUAUACAAGAUAUAAUCGAAUGUUUGAUUAGUGUACUUGAUUGUCCCAAUGAUUAUUUAAGUACAGUUUGUGAAAAUGCUAAAGCUUUAUUCAAACCGAUGCUUAGUAGUAAUAAUAAUAAUCCGGCGCUAACAAAUGAUCAAGGUCAUUUGGAUUUAUGGAAUGUAAUUCAAGCUCGUUUAGAUAAAUCAACUCCAGUAAAAUCAUCAUUGUCCAAUUUGUUAGGCUACAGUAAACAGGAUUUUCAAGGUUUCAAUGAGUCUACACCUUCUCAAUUGUUGAAUGCGUUGAAAUAUGCUCUAGUUACUAAUGAUAUUCAAACAAUUAUUCAAUUAUGUUUACAUCCCAAAUUCUCAUCAUUAUCUCUGCCAAAUCUUUCUACAUUAAGUAUUUUCGCUAUUAUGUUAACUGAUUUACAUCGUUCAAAGCAAAUAGAAUUAUAUGAAGAUGUAAAAUUGAAAUUAUAUCAGUCUUUAAAUGAAAUCUCAUUGAAUAAUCAUAUCAUUCAUGAUCCAAUUUUAAAUUCUAUCAUAAUGUUAUUUAAUUGUGUACUAUUACGUACUAAUUGGUUAAAUAUUAUUGAAAAUUGGCCAUUAUCAGAUUGGAAAACUAUAUUAACAGCAUUGAUUAAUCAUUUAUGGGAUCAAGAUAUUGAAUUAUUGAGAAAGUUAUGCUCGAUUUUCGCUAAACGUCUACUUGAUAAUACAACUAACGAUAAUAAUAAUACUAAUAUUACUUCAUUUGAGUCUGGAUUAGCUGCAUGUAUCUGUUGUAUUAUUGGUGAUGAUCUUGAUCAUUUAACAGAAUGUUGGUUACGUUUAAAUAAUAUAAAUGAAAAUCAUUUGGAUGAUUUAAUAAAAUGUUUGCCAUUAGCAUUACUACUACUCUUCUUAUUUCGUUUAUCAUCAUCUACUGGAAUUAAUCAUUGUACAAAUAAAUCAAGUCAAUUAUUAAUUCAUCUUGCUAUAUGGUUAAUUGAAACUAGAUUUGAUCAUAAUAAUAAUAAUAAUAAUAUAAUAAUAAUGGGCCAAAUAAACAGAUUAGUUUACUUGCAUUAA